CACACACACACACACUCUUAUAGGAGGCUCCCAGCAGAGAACCAAACAGUGAACGGUGGAGCGCGCGCGCAACGGACCGGCUCGUUAACUUGUCCGCUUCCUAUUUCUCCCCCUCCACACACACACACACACACACAGACACAGACACACGCACACAUACUCCUCGUUCUUAGGCAGCUUCGGCAGCAACCGUAAAGCGGACUACCGGACUAACUACCGGGCUGACUAACCGGGUACAGAGCGACUCCUCCGGCUCUCCAGACGGUUUCAGACUGGUCGUCAUCGUCUGUUUUUUUUCACUCCGGAGACUGCGGAUUUUACCUUCAGUCUUUUUUUGCAGUGGAUACUGAGAGUGCGCACCGCCUCCACGAGAUAAACUAAGUGUGCGAACAGUUCUCUGUUUUAAAGCGGGGAUCCUCUAUCCGUGUGCCCGUCCAGCCGUCUUCUCUCUCCCCCGUCCCCCCCCACCGGUUUAACUGCACCGGUCAGACUUGGAAAGAGCAACAGCCUCCACCGGCGCAUCAGUGAGGUAGAAAAGCCCCACAUUGAGCUGCAGCCAUGGACGAGUUGGACCUGCCCCAGAUGAAGAAGGAGGUGGAGAGCCUCAAGUACCAGCUGGCCUUCAAACGAGAGAAGUCCUCCAAAACGGUGACUGAUUUGGUAAAGUGGAUAGAGGACGGUGUCCCGGAGGACCCCUUCCUGAACCCAGAGCUGAUGAAGAGCAACCCGUGGGUGGAGAAAGGAAAGUGCAUCCUUCUCUAGAAGAAAUCAACCAGCACUGCCACAACCUUCCACCUUUAACCACUCUGACCAACACGCACCUACAGAUGACCCCCCUGGACCUGACCCUCCUGUCAGGCCACGGCGGGACAGCGCCUCCUAACCUCUCUCACCUUGAAUGUACAACAGCUGAUGUCCGUCCACCCCCCCCCCGACUUACCUGAACAUGCACUCCAACAAGGGCACAGAGACACACACACUCCAAACUGUUUUUUCCCCCCUGACCGCCACUCAUCCACUGCAAGUUUAUUCCUGCCACGGCGAUUGCAUAUGAUGUAUGAUGAUCAAUACUCCUAUUACAUGUCUCUGUAUGAUAUAUGAUAUUUAUGCAGCUGCCAGUCGACACGCUUUCUACAAUCCCUACUCUUCAUUGUGUGCAUAGCAGCUUUACUUUUUUUUUUUUUUCUUCCAUUUUUGAUGAGUUGUAAUAAACUGUAGUCACAUUCUCACUGCCAGACUGACCGUAGAUCUGCCGGGGGAACGUUGAGAUGUCAACCACUUGCUCUUACGAAAUGAACAUAAAAACAAGGUUUUAGGACAUUUGAAUAUGAAAUUCAAUAGAUUGCGCAAGUCUGUGAUUGACGAACUAAACUAAACUAUAAAAAAGAUUUUAAAAAAGGCACAGAGGCCGUUCCGAUCGGCCGCCAUCCAAGAAACAAGCGAAGAAAAAACAUGCACGAGCUUAGAAGAACGACUCAGUGUGACAGCGUUGUGCGACUCCCAACAGUUGUCAUCGUGUGUCCGGUCCGAUUUCAUGCGACUCCGGAUAUCGCAUCUACAUUCCGAAGACUUGAUCAUCAACCGGUGUUGUUUUUGCCCCGGUGUCAUUAGGUCGGAAAGUUUCACGGCAGCUCUGUUCGUGUUGUCAGUGCACAAGGGCGCUAUGGGUCUCUGGGGGGUUGUUGGGGUUGAGUUUACUGCUCCUCCUCCUUAGCGACAGCCCCCUGAGGACAACACACAGAGACAUGCUCGCACAGGGCAUCAGGCAGAACCGUGCGCGUGCACACACACACACGCCAUCUCUCUCCACACAUGUACAGACAGACCCCCUUUAACUUAUUAACUUAUUGAUCUUUACUUGCUUUAUUUAUUUAUUUAUUUAUUUGAUGAGACCUUUCCGUCACCUUUAGUUUUUGUGUCCUCUUCUCGGAAGAAAAAAAAAAAAAAGACUAAACCUUGCCAGAUCACCAUCUACUUACUGCCUUGUACACAGUUUCCUUAAAACAAGAAUGUAAAUACGUGGCAUGAUAACCACUGACCUCAGAAUUGGCCUGUGUGUGCAGGUGACUGUAACUGUGUGUUGUUUUGUGCGGAACUUAAAAUAUUUUUAGUGCAUAAAAUUAAACAUAAGUCUCCCCUUGUGGAUUGUGAAGCACACACACACACAUACUGUACAUGCACACACACCUACAGGCCUGAGGCAGUGAAGAUCAACAAAACACACACACACGCACACGCUGCUUAUUGAGAAUGUGUAUGAGGGGAAGAGUGGCAAGGAAUGGGAUUCUCUAAAUGACUUGGGACAGGGGAGCCUCACAUCAUCUCAGUACUGUAAUGACUCUCAUUAUAUACAUUUCCUUCUAGAUGACCCAUUUCCCCGAAUGCUACUCAUUGCUUGGAUGACUUUGGUCAUAAAACAUGCAACUUUAAAUAUAAAAUUUUCCUCUUUAAAAAAGCUAAACUCAAGUAUAUGGUCCAUGACAUGCUUCUAAAUGUUUGUGUUUUUAUCAAACAUGCUAGCGUCGGUCUUAGACCUGCACUUCAUAGGGGUCGUUCACACGUGGAAAAACCAGCCGUACCGCGUUCAUCUUUUUAUCUGGAGGUGCGUGGGGAUGUUGGUAGCCUGCUCUUACCAAGCAACCAAAACCUGCGCGCUGCAAUGGCGAUGAUGAUGCGGUAAUUUAGCAGUAAGCCUCACUGACUGAACUAAACAAAGUAGAUGGUUGUCAGUCGGGCUGACCUUUCAACCGGAUGUUGUGACGUUCUUGGACGGAAAGGGUGACGGAUGGGACAGAUCGUAAAACUCUGGGGAGCCCGAAAGUAACUUUUAAAUAUUUAAGAAAGGAAAAACAAAAAGAUAUCUGCCGUCUGUGAUUGGUUGUUCCUCAUCACAUGAUAUGCACACCGCACUACAGGUUCCAAAAGUUGAACAAUUUUUAAUCUUGGGACGCAGCCGUCUCGCCCUGAAAAUGGCAACAGUUUCGCUCUCGCUUUUGAGCGUGCCUUCCGCACGUCUACGUUGUCAACAAUGAAUACGAGGGCGCCAAAAAACAACAACCGCAGCAUGUGAACGACCCCUUACUUCCUGUAAAACAUGUCCGACGAGCAAAGAUUCCAUCCAAUCAUACUGACGUGUUUUAGAUUUAUUAAAAUACUUUUUGUGAACAACAAAAAAGGAAAUUGCAAAUGUUAAAAUCGUAUCACUGUAGCUGAAGUGAGGCCACAGAAUUUAGAUGAUCAACAAUAAGCAUAUAUGCAACAUGGCGAUGCCGAAUGGAGCCAUCUUUGAGGAUCUGUGGUUCACUGGCAUGUACAGUAUGCGCCUCGCUUAUUUUGGUUUUAUUUCAUUUUUUAAUUUACAAUGUGUGUUUACUAGUUGACAGAAUGAUACUUAGGUUUGCGUUAAAAUAUAGCCUUGUAAUUUCAUGAUUAAUGCAUGUAGGGGGCGCUUUUAAAACGGCUUCCGCGGUAUAAAGAUGUGAAGCUCUGGGCUUCAGGUUUGUAGUUUUUCCAGUGUCAGGCUUAAGUUUAUUCCCUCUGCCAACAUGAUCUCACGACUCAACGGUUUGAAACUUUUUUUUUUGCUCUUACAACACCGCUGGAAAAGCAACAAAUGCUGCUCCGAAAGUACGUGAGAGGAUUCCUGAGUCCGCCUGUCCCUUCUCUGUUUUGUUGUUUGGUUUGUUUUUAUAUAACCUGAACGUGCGUAUGUAUGCAAGUUAUUACUAUUAUAGUGACAGCAUAAAAUCUUGUCUAAAUAUCUAGCAACAUAUUCCUUGUGAGAGUGCUUUGGGAAAAAAAUAAAUAUGCAUCAGAUCAAGUCCUAGUGUAAAGAUGACAAUGAGCAAUAAAUUGAAGAUCAUUUUUUAUUGAAUGUUUUACAAAAAACAUUUAUCUUACUGAAUAAAGUAGAAGAUUUUUAGACAA